AAAAACGCAAACGCCACGCCAUAACCUCACAUUAAUUUUUUCGCAAUGUAUUCUGUUUUGCACAAGAAAGAAAAUGCACAUGAGGAAAGCAUUUGGAGUUGUGCGUGGGGUCGUUACACCACUGAAAAAAAGAAAAAAGACCAAAAUGAAGAGGAAAAGUCACGUGAUUCCAUAAUGUCAGACGAGCCUCCCGUUGAUUACAUUAUAACAGGUGGGGUGGACGAUUUGGUAAAAGUGUGGGAAUUGCAAGAUGAUAGACUUGUUUUGAAACAUAAUCUUGAGGGGCACUCUCUUGGUGUUGUCUCAGUUGCAGUCAGCAAUAACGGAAAAUUAUGUGCUUCUAGUUCUUUAGAUUCAAGUAUGAGGAUUUGGGACUUGGAAAGAGGGGAAAAAAUUGCAAAUGUUGAUGUUGGUCCUGUUGAUUUGUGGACCGUGGCUUUUAGUCCUGAUGACAAAUACAUAAUUUCCGGGUCACAUGCUGGGAAAAUCACAGUUUAUAACGUUGAAACUGCAAAAGCUGAACAAACUUUGGAUACAAGAGGAAAAUUUAUUUUAAGCAUAGCUUAUAGCCCUGACGGUAAAUACAUUGCGAGUGGGGCUAUUGACGGCAUUGUAAAUAUUUUUGAUGUGGCGGGAAAUAAAUUAUGGCAUACCUUAGAAGGCCAUGCUAUGCCUAUCAGAUCUCUUUGUUUUUCUCCAGAUUCUCAAUUACUUUUAACUGCUUCAGAUGACGGCCAUAUGAAACUUUACGACGUACAGCACACUAAUGUUGUAGGGACUUUAUCAGGUCACGCUUCAUGGGUUCUGAGCGUUGCAUUUUCUCCAGAUGGUAAACAUUUUGUGUCAGGAAGUUCUGAUAAAACUGUUAAAGUUUGGGAAUUGGCGUCUAAACAAUGUGUUCAUACUUUUAAGGAACAUUAUGAUCAAGUUUGGGGUGUCAGGUUUAGUCCAGAUAGUACAAAAAUCGUUUCAGUGUCUGAAGAUAAAAGUAUAAACGUUUACAGCUGUCCAGUUUAGGGUAGAAACAAUAUAUAAUUUAUUAAUUAACUAAAUUUUGAUUCAGUGAAUUGUAUUGAUUAUAAAGUUGUACGAGUAUAAUUUUUAUAAUAAAGAUAUUUUUACAUCCA